CUACCCUACCAGAUUCUCUCCCAGAGAGACCACUCCCGCCGCUUGCAUACAGUCGGAUUGAUGACGAUUUAAGGCACCGGGAGGACGAUGUACGGAGAAAUGGACAUGCGCGUCCUCCGCGCGCGCGCGCAGGAGACCAUUGGGCGCCGGCGUACCCUGACAGCAGGGGACCGCCACCUCGUCCACAAUGGGACCAGCAUCCUCCGAGGUAUGAUGACGAUAGAUCGUACAGGACGCGCGGAGAAGCAGAUCACUGGGAGCCGCGAGAUUAUCCAUCGCAAGGACUUCUUUCCCCUAGACCUAGCCGAAGAUCUCGCUCGCCGUCUUCGCCUCGUUCGCGCAGUCCAUUGUCUCCGGAGAGCACUGGGAAGGAGAAGCAUCGUCUGCCACGACCUACUGCGGUUGAUGCGGACAGACGGUACGAUGACGAACGGCGCCGUUCGUGGGACAAGUCACGAGAACGCCUGCACGACUACAGGAGGGAGCGGAGUCCGGGCUGGGGCGACUCCUACCGACCGGCCGAUGAUGAAUAUUAUGGCUCGCGCAUAGACCUUGACGACCGUUGGCGUUCUCGUCAUGCAGACGAUGAGGACAGAAAGUAUUCCUACACUCGCAGCUAUGACCGUCCGUCAUAUAGACCCUCAGAAUCGUACCAACCAUUAUCACCCCGUACUCCUCCGCGACCAUUGUCUCCACCUCGGUCUCCUCGUGAUGUAUCGCCCCAUCGUGACGAGCCUAAGCAGGUUACUAUCGAUGGGAAGUCUGACGCGCUGCCUUUGCAGCACAGCACGGUCAAGAUUGCUCUGCCGAAGAAACUGCCGACCCCACGGACAAGCCCUUCUGCAUCUCUUCUCAUCGGCAAAGACGUUCGGAAACCACCUCCGCAGGAGCAGGAUUCUCAGCCGAACGGAGAGCUUUCUGUACCUGAGGCGCCCGCAACCACGCCUCGGCCCAGGCGGAAACCGGUGUACCGCACGCGAGAAGAAGAAAGGAAUGCUUAUGGACGUAUAUUUGAAGGCCGCGGAUUGCAGAGCGACUACGACGUUCUUAUGAAGCUCGGUGAGGGAACUUUUGGUGAGGUGCAUAAAGCUGUACAUUGCAUGAAAGGACACCAAGUCGCGCUCAAACGCAUUCUCAUGCACAAUGAGAAAGAGGGCAUGCCAAUCACGGCCCUCCGAGAGAUUAAAAUACUGAAGGCACUGCGUCAUCAAAAUAUAGUAGAUAUCCUGGACAUGUUUGUUGUUCGCAGCCGAGGCAGCGAGGCACCGUUGUCCGUAUACAUGGUCUUUCCGUACAUGGAUCACGACUUGGCUGGACUGCUGGAGAACGAACGCGUUAAGCUCUCCCCUAGUCAGAUUAAGCUGUAUAUGAAGCAACUUCUGGAGGGUACGGAAUAUAUGCAUCGGAAUCAUAUUCUUCAUCGUGACAUGAAGGCGGCGAAUUUGCUCAUCUCUAAUAAUGGCUCGCUGAAGAUUGCUGACUUCGGCCUCGCCCGCGCCUUCGAUCCUAAUCUGGUCCGAGACAUGGCCAAUGUUCCUCCGGAGAAGCAGAGGAAGUAUACCAAUUGCGUCGUGACGCGAUGGUACAGACCUCCUGAGCUUCUCUUGGGUGCUAGGCAAUACGGUGGAGAAGUGGAUAUCUGGGGAAUCGGCUGUGUGCUUGGUGAGAUGUUCUGGCGAAAGCCCAUUCUGCCAGGGUCCUCCGACCUCGAUCAACUCGACAAAAUAUGGCAGCUGUGCGGCACACCCACUCAGUCCACCUGGCCGAAUCACGAUGCUUUACCUGGCUGCGAAGGCGUUAAGCGAUUUAACAUGUACCCCCGACGGGUAAAGACGAUGUUUGAGUCCAUUGGUCCCGAGACCGUGGAUCUCUUGGAUAAGCUCUUGACCUGCAAUCCGAGGGAACGCGUCACAGCAGCUCAAGCACUGGACCACGAUUACUUCUGGACAGAUCCUCUGCCAGCUGAUCCUAAAACUCUUCCUACGUAUGAGGCAUCCCAUGAGUUCGACAAACGUGGCCGUCGUCAACCACCUGUUGGCCCGCCUGCCCCUGCCCCUGCGCAUCCGCCUAUCGAAGCGUCAUACAGACCUCCGCCAGCGCCCACUCGUCCACCACUUCACUAUACCGGCAGACCUCCGCCACCAAGAGAGUCUUUCCGUAAUGGUCCUCCGCCUUCACACCACCAUCUCCCUGCUAGCCGACACCCGCCGCCCAUGAGACACCCGCCGCCGGCGUCCGCACCGAUCACACUACCUCCUUUAGUUUACCGCCCGUAUGAGCUCCCGCUGCUUUUCCCACCGCCACCUAAGGACGACCAGAAGGACCGUUCCGCUAAGGACCGCCCUGCUAAGAACCGUCCCGCUAAGGAGCGCCUCACGCAAGAGCGCCCUGCGCACCUGCCUCCUCGCCCACAGGUCCCGCUCGGCGACGAGCGACCGCGGGACGACCGCGGGGGCAGCUAUGAUCCACCGGACCCGACCUCAGAACUCAACUAUGGUUGAAGCACUCUGGACAUACUAUACCUUCUCAUUGUUUUGUGCUGUCGCUGUCGCAUUGCAUUCUUUAUAUAUCCUUGUUCUCGUGCGCGGUUGAUAUUCUUAGAACCCCGAUCUUUCGCGGCACUCUCGUUGCCUCCCGCGACGCGUGCGCUAACG